GAUCUGGGCGAAGGGGGUGGUUGGAGCCUGCGCCGUCCUGCAGGUCGGUGGAGACGCUCCUCUGGGCUCUAGGGGGAGCCCCGCUUCUGCUGCCGGGCUGCGCGCCUCCGCCCUCUCUUCUCGCUGGUCUGCGCACGCCUCCUUCGCUAUCUGCGCUCUGCUCGCGGGGAAGAGUGCGCGGGUGCAGAGGUGCUUUCACUUUCCCUUCCCCGUGCCCACUCCUCGUUCCUCGUGCGGCGCCGGUUCCUGAGCCCCCCGUCACGGCCAUGGCCAUGCUCAGUGUCCAGCCCGAAGCUCAAGCCAAGGUGAACGUGUUCCGAGAAGACCUGAGUGCCAAGACAGAGAAGCUGCUUGGGAGCUACUUCCCCAAGAAGAUUUCGGAUUUGGAUGCCUUUUUAAAGGAACCAGCUCUCAACGAAGCCAACCUGAGCGAACUCAAGGCCCCAUUAGACAUCCCAGUGCCAGAUCCAGUCAAGGAGAAGGAGAAGGAGGAGCGGAAAAAACAGCAGGAGAAGGAAGACAAGGAUGACAAGAAGAAAGGGGACGAUGAAGACAAAGGUCCUCCUUGUGGCCCAGUGAGCUGUAAUGAGAAGAUUGUGGUCCUUCUACAGCGAAUAAAGCCUGAGAUCAAGGAUGUCAUUGAGCAACUCAACCUGGUCACCACCUGGUUGCAGCUGCAGAUUCCCAGAAUUGAAGAUGGCAACAAUUUUGGAGUGGCUGUCCAGGAGAAGGUGUUUGAGCUGAUGACCAGCCUUCACACUAAACUGGAAGGUUUCCACACUCAGAUCUCCAAGUAUUACUCUGAGCGGGGCGAUGCCGUAGCCAAAGCUGCUAAGCAGCCCCAUGUGGGUGAUUAUCGGCAGUUGGUACAUGAACUGGAUGAAGCAGAGUACCGAGACAUUCGGCUGAUGGUCAUGGAGAUCCGCAAUGCUUAUGCUGUGCUAUAUGACAUUAUCUUGAAGAACUUCGAGAAGCUUAAGAAGCCCAGAGGAGAAACAAAAGGAAUGAUCUACUGAGAGCUUCCGCUCGUUCUCAGAGGAUUGGAGCAGAGACCUUCCAUCUCUUGGUGGGGGGUUUCCAAACUUGCCUCUGCCUUGUCUCCCAGGCAUAAUAAAUCUAGUUUUCUGGUUGUCUAUUA